UAUUAAUGAUGUACAAGUAUGUGUUUUUGCCAUUAAUCUUAAAACACUGUUGCCAGUUCGAGCAGCAGGGCACGUAGAACAACUUGACACUGUAUUGGACUUUGGCCCAGAGUUUUGAAACCAUAUACUGUGUAGCCCAUGAAACGGUUUAUCUAUUUGGACUAGAGCUCUGUCUGUUGACGUAGACUGCAGCACCCAUUGGAUAUGUUUUAUAACAGUGGAUCACAAUGACAUGUCAUUAACAAUUUUAAGAAUUGUUGAAAAUGUUCUUUGGAAAGAUUAUAAGAAUAUGCUUAGGUACUUUUCAAACAUUUAUACUGCAUUGUUAUUAUUACAAUGUAACAAAACAGGCAGAAGACUUGUGAAAUAUGUAAAUACGUUAAGUCAGACCAAAAAAGAAGAGAUGGAAAAAAACUACAACCUCUAACUGAAAUGCCGGUAAUGGUUGGUGUUUGGCCGGAAACGGUAGGAAGUGAUGUUUGCUUUAGAGAGCAUGAUCAAAAAAAAAACCCUAACUCGUCUGAAGCCAAGUUUAUUACAAACAAAAUUCAGGCGACAGUGAAACUGGUUUGUAUCAUGAACAUAGCAGUCGCAUUGGCAAACAAUCAACUUUAAUUUAAAUUACAAAUGCCAGAAACUAUAUUUUUUUCCGUUGUUUAUAUUCUGUGGUUAGCCUGCAGUAUUUGAUUUAUCCUGAUCGCAACAGGAAAACGGUAAAACAAUUAUUAUAAACAAUUGUAAAGAAUACAAAAUUAUACAUAAUCCGGGGUCAAUAGUAAGUAAUCCCUUCAGCAAGUUCAAUUCAUCCCCGAGUCUAAGGCUGUGGUUACUUUAGCAAACGUCUUGUAAAUAACGUAUUUUGAUAAAAUGCGCUUAACAUCUCUUUGGAAAUUAAAGUGCGCAACGUUUAAUGCAGUGGUUUCUGUUUUGUUUUCGACAGCACCAUCAGCUGGCAGCAUAGCUAAAUUACUGAUUUCGAUGAAGCAGACGUAACUUGUCAGAGAAACAACCUUUCAAUUAUUUACAUUUAUUUCAAACCACUCGGUACAGCCUGAAUAGUGAGAUACUUUUUUUUUUUUUUUAGCUAAAAGAAACGUUAGUAGUAGAUAUUACAACGCAAACGCUUCAGUUUGUAGUCCACAUUUAAAAACAAUGUGUAUUCAAAAUGCACGUUUGCUACAUGAAUGUGUAUAAUUUACAUUGUAGAAAAAACGCGAAACUCCUUCAGUAAUGUUAAUUAAACAUAAAGUCUUUUUAUUCCAUAAUCUUUGCUAAAUAUUUUAUUUUAUUAUAAAUCGAAAAUCGACGGUUAAAAAAAACGAUUUCCGGAGUUUGACUCCAGCGCAACACGGGUACUUUUAUUAUGAAAGCAUGCCGAAUUUUUGUUUAUUUAUUUAUUAACCAGGAACUGCUGGCGCAUGCAUAGAACGAAGCGUUUCACCUGUCAAAGACUUUAACCAAAAAUGGUUUCAACCAUAGAGUGUCAACGCUACCUAGACAGAUGUCAACAUUAACGUUGCCGUAUAACAAAUGGCUUUACUAAAAGCAGAUAUGUGAUCUCGCCAGCGGCAUCCGGGGAAGCGUUUCUUGCCGUCGCAUCUGGCAAUACAUCGUUCACAACCUGUCCAUUCAACCAUUCACCCAUCUAUCCAUUCAUACAUCCAUCUGCACACAAGAUUAACAAAAAAAGCCAGCCCCUCACAGCCAAGACCUCAAAAAGCCACCGUCAGCUUACUGGAGAAAAUCCGCUGAAUAAAACAAUUUCUUUCAAAAAGCAAAAUCUUACUGACCUCAAACCUUUGAACAGUAGUUUAUAUUCUGAUACUCUAAAAUAUACGUAGUAAAUAAAAUAAAUGUUAAAUGAAGGAAAUUUGUAUGUAUUAAUAAGGCAAAUAUUUGAAAUAUACGGUAAAUACAGAUGAGCAAAAACUAUUUUCAGUAUCAGCUCGCAACUGAUAUGUUUUCUGAUAUAUUGUGCAUCUCUAAUCUUAAUCUUAUUUCAUCUGUUGUCCAAAGGGCCAGUACCCUGCUAGAAAAGGUGGCAGCAGCUGUGGAGCAGCCGGCCUUCUACAGUGCCCUCUGGGGCAGCAUCCUAACCAGCCCUGCUGUGCGCUUGCCUGGAGUGUCCUUCGUCUUACUGCACCUUAACAGAAAACUAUCCAUGGAAGACCAGCUGUACAUCAUUGGCAGUGACAUAGAACUGAUGGUGGAAGCAGUCAGCACAUCUGUACAGGAUUCUAGUGUGCUAGUGCAGAGGAGCACCCUGGAUCUUAUCCUGUUCUGCUUUCCCUUCCACAUGAGUCAGGCUACGCGUCCAGACAUGAUCAGAAUUCUGUCUGCAGCACUUCAUGUUGUUCUAAGAAGAGACAUGUCUCUGAACCGUAGGCUGUAUGCUUGGCUACUGGGCUUCGAUAACAAUGGUGUGCAAGCAGGCCCUCGCAGCACCCGACUCAGUAAUCCAGAAGAGUAUGUCACACACUACUCUAACACUUAUUUCAAGGACAUGCUUGUUCAGGCCAUGGUGGGGAUCUUGCAGGGGAAGGCUAGAGGAGGGGAGGAGGAGAGCAUCCUGAUGCACGACUUAAAGCCAUUUCGCAUUCUCAUCAGCCUUCUCGACAAGCCUGAGCUGGGCCCAGCAAUCUUAGAGGAUGUUCUGAUUGAAGUGUUUCGCACCCUGCACACUCAGUGCCGCGCUGAGUUGGACCUUCAGAACCAAAAUGCUUACAGCAAAGACCAAACUCAGCUUAGCAGCAAACUCAGAGAGAACAAGAAAACGGCAGAGCUCAUUAAAACCGCCAACCUUUUGUUUAACUCUUCUGAGCCCUACUAUAUGUGGGACUAUAUUGCACGCUGGUUUGAGGAGUGCUGCAGGUGGACUCAGGGCAGACAUAACCCUGGAAAGACUAUGAGCUCUGAGAUGUCUGCACCCUCAUUGGUUGAGUUCUGUGAGCUGGUGGAUUUCUUGUUGGACAUUGUAUCUUUGCCUACUAGAAGCAUGAGGGUUAUCUGCCAGGAGACGUACAUUGAGAUCCAGACAGUCCAGACUACCUCAGUUGCUGCUUCGGAUGGUUUCUGCUCUUACUACACACCUGCAGGCCCUGGGCGUCAGAGAGCUCACCCACUGCCUGCGCCUCUGCUCGAAGAUCCUCUGCAAAGUCCAGCCCCCUCUGGUGUCACCCCUUGCACUGUCACAACUACCUCUUCUGCUAGAGACAAAGAUGAGAAAAGGACUCUACCAGUCACUCUUGAAAUCUCUGGGAGCACUGAUGUAUUUAAUGAUGGUGAGAAUGCUUCAAGCAACCGGUUGUCAGAAAGUGGAUUUACUGACUUCAUCCAGUACCAGGCAGAACGUGUGGAGCAACCUGAUAACAUGCAACAUCCCGAAGAUGAUGCAUCCAGCCCUGAAGAUGUACCUAUUUAACCCAAAUCUGGGCUUAGUAAUUCAGCCCACAUCAAGCUCCAGGACAAGCCAGUGGUGCAGUGCUGCCUUGAGCAUUUCCAGCAGUUCCUUUCUUGCCUAGUGAGGCUUUACAUUACCCCAGGUGGUCAGACAGAGGCAGGGAAGGACUGCAGUGCAGAAAUGGACACUCUAAUUGUGGUGGCUGAUAAAAGACGCACAAGUGGGUUUGAGGAGCAGAUGUCUUCUGAGCAGAUGGAGUGUGUGGAUGCAUUCACUGCUGCCUGCCAGCUCUUCCUGGAGUGUUCUAGUUUUCCAGUCUACAUUGCUGAGGGGAACCUGAAGUCAUCACCCACAAGAGAGGAGCAGGCAGUCUGUAGCUAUGGUGACAGCAGAGCGUGUGGCAAGUCCAGACACGGGCCAGCCAAUGAGUCCGAGCCAGGGGCGUGUUGCAGUGGUGAUACGACCGCCACUCACACCGGGCAUCUUGAAAUACAUUGCAGAGAAAACCAAUUUCUUCAAGGUGUAGGCCUUAUCUUAUGGGAUCAGUUAGGAGUGGAGACACCCCAGCACCACAAGCGCAGCGUGGAGCUCUUUUACCAGCUUCACAAUUUUGCUCCCUCACCCAGCAUUUGUGAAGAUGUCAUUAGCCAGCAGCUCAUGCAUCGCAACAGGAGGAUACAUCUGGAGGCUCAUGUAAAAUUCUCAGUUCUUUGGCACCUAACCAGAGACUUAAAUAUCACCAAGUCCUCGCCUUUUAAUCGGACCUUUGACAGGUCUCUGUAUAUUAUGUUAGAUAGCCUCAGUUAUUGGGAUGGCUCUGCAAGUGCUGUUGGCAGGGCCUGGCUGAACCAGGUUUUACAGAGACAUGACAUAGCUUGUGUUCUUGAACCUCUACUGCUUUUGCUGCUACACCCUAAAAGCCACCGCGUAUGCAUACAACGGGUUCAAGCACAACGUCACUGGACCCAGGUCUUUCCCAACCCACCGGAACAAGAGUCCUCUGAACCUAUCUACAUGAGUGGUAUGGGCUGUACUGAAAAUUAUAACCAGAUAUCAGGGGAUGGCCACAGGGGUGUCCAAGCAUGCAGCAGAUGCCUCCCAUUGGAUGAUAUGGAACCCUUUAGUGUCACAGUUAACCUUUUGAGUGACAGUCUUUCAUUCUUGAGCCUCAGCAGUGAGAAUCUGCAGCUCUGUGGCGAAUAUCAACCUCCUGAUCAGCAGGGGGAGCCUGAGAGCUCAGAUUUGAGUGGUUCUCAGUCAUCCACUGUAAACAAUGGCAGCUUUGAUGACCUCGAGGGAGGUGGUAGCACUAUUAAUAUAUCUGAUCCUGUACUUUGUCAGUCUGUUUUAUUAGAAGAAGAGUCCUUGCACAAGGCAGUGUCUGCUGUGCUUUUUGAGGUAGUGGACAGGGUGGUGCAAAUGGUGGAAGAAGAGUCCUCUGAGACACCAGCUCCUGAUGGCUGGCCUCAGACAGACUCUGACAGUUCCAACUUGUCAACCGAUAUGCCCAAUGGCCCAUGCAUCACCCCUGCCCCGUUCUCAAACACCCAAUCUAGAACGCUUCCAGAACUGGUUGCAGGGGGAACCUUGGAGUUCCUGGCUGUGGCUUCAAUCGAUGGUUCAGGGGAAGAAGAACAUCAGGAAGGCAUUGCCCACCAUAGCUCCUCUCCUUCGAUUAUUAUGCUGCCCGAUGAUGGUGGCAGUGCUUCCACCGAGCAGAGUCUACAGGUUGAUAACCCCCACCGCAAACGAAGCCAUAGCAGUAUCCAGCUCAGCCUAAAGGGCAAGAUUAUGGAGCGUCUGGUUGAUAAAUCCCCAGGAGCCAAGCCCAAAAACAAAAAGGUCAAGAGGAGAGAUGAUGAGAGAUGCAAAACCAACCAGGCCGAGAAGAGUCGGCCAACCAGCAUCUUCUUUGGUGACAGUCUUGACCUGGAAAACUGGUACAGCUGUGGGGAAGGGGAGUUGUCAGAGAUUGAGAGUGACAUAGGCUCACCCAGAAGUGGGGCUGCUAGUGGGGUGGGAGGAUCUCGCACCUCAGGGUCACCUCCUUGUUUUAACAUCCAACCACUAUACCAGCAUGUGCUGCUGUACCCUCAGAUUUAUGACUCCUCUCGGACUCUACAUGCGCUCUCUGCCAUUGCAGCCAUGCUACGUGCUUCACCAGCAGGAUUUGUGAGUGCCAUCUCCACCACCAGCAUAAACAACACAUACACGCCGCAGCUCUCUCUUCUGCAGAACCUGCUAUCACGCCAUCGUGUCUCUGUCAUGGGCAAAGACUUCUACUGCCCCAUCCCCCAGGACUCGCACUCCCACUCCUUCCGAAGUGCCAUGUUCCUGGAGAUUAUCAUCUCCCUUUGCCUCUAUUUCCUGCACAGCUAUUACUCAGCCCAUGUGGCUGCCACAUCACAGGACCUCGCAGGCAACCAUGCCAUGCAACUGACCAGUGUGGAGGUGUUGACUUUGCUCUUCAGUGAGCUCGUCAAAGUCACUGGUGGUUCAGCCAAGGGCUUUGAAAGCUUUAUUUGUGACGUACUGUCCAAAUGCAAGGUGCAGAAGGUGGUGCUACACUGCUUGCUUUCGACCAUCUUUAGUGUACAGAAGUGGCAUGAACACAGUGUCCGUGGCACUAACAUGGCUUCAGUUGAGGAGGGCCUUUCAGAAGACAGUGUCAUUAAUCUGUCAGAGGACCAGUUGGACAACUGCAGUUCCAUACAGUCACAACUCCUGCACCUGCUGCAGAGCGUGGUGGUGUUGGAGCACCGUGUGAUGAUCCCAGUGGAAGAGGGUGGUGAGGGAGGUCCAGGGUCGACUGGGUCUAGUGGAGGACCUAAUGGCCCCGGGGCUGGGUUUGAGCUGAUUGGAGGUGAGGUAGAGCAUGUCAACCCACAACAAUCUAUGACUUCCCUGCAAUACCUUCAUGGGCAACCCAUCACAGCUCAGGGCAUGUUUCUGUGUGCUGUAAUCCGAGCCCUGCAUCAGCAUCAUGCUUGCAAGAUGCACCCACAGUGGAUUUGCCUUAUAACAGCCACUCUGCCAUACAUGGGAAAAGUCCUUCGGCGAGUAGUUGCAUCUGUUACACUUCAACUGUGCAAAAACCUUGACAACCUUAUCCAGCAAUACCGCUUUGAGACAGGCCUCACGGACACCAGGCCCCAGUGGAUGGCACUGUGUAUCCCUCCUGACCUGAUUCUGACCAUACUAGAAGGAAUGACAGCCAUAAUCCAUUAUUGCCUGCUAGACUCAACAUCACAAUAUCACCAGCUGCAGGCAAAUGUAGAUCAGAAGCACCUUGCAGAGGCCCGUGCAGGGAUUCUUUCCAUCUUGCACAACAUUAUGUCCUCUGUAACCUUGCUGUGGAGCGUUCUCUAUCUGGCUGACAGUUCUGACAGGCCAGCUGCAGCUUCUGCCAGCUCCACCUCCAAUAUCAACCUAGGAUCCACAAAGAAUCUCAGGCAGCAAAUUCUAGAGCUGCUGGGUCCAAUCUCAAUGAAUCAUGGGGCUCACUUCAUGGCCGCUAUUGCCUAUGUGUGGAAUGAAAGGAAGCAGGCUAAAACGUCAUCAAGGAACAAGGUAAUUCCCAUAGCUUGUGAGGAACAGCUUCUCCUUGUGGAACUUAUUCGUUCAGUAAGUGCCAUGCGAACUGAGACGGUGAUACAGACAGUGAAGGAAGUCCUAAAGCAGCCCCCAGCCAUCGCCAAAGAGAAGAAGCAUCUUUCCCUGGAGGUCUGCAUGCUUCAGUUUUUCUAUGCCUAUGUGCAGAGAAUUCCAGUGUCUAGUCUGGUUGAUAGCUGGCCAUCUUUCUUGGCAUUGCUAAAGGACUCUGUCCAGCUCAGUCUACCUGCUCCAGGGCAGUUCCUUAUUCUGGUUGUAUUGAAUGAGUUUAUUCUAAAGAAUCCCACCCUGGAGAGCAAGAAGGACCAGCGAGAGCUACAGGAUGUGACCCAUAAGAUUGUAGAGGCCAUUGCCACGAUUGCAGGCUCAUCCUCAGAACAGACUACAUGGUUGAGGCGAAACCUGGAGGUCAAACCCUCCCCUCAGAUCAUGGUGGACGGGGCCAGUCUGGAGGCCGACGUAGAAGAUCUAAUGCUCACAGUGAUGGAGGCCGCCAGCUUCACUCCAUCUGUGUACAGCGUUCACGCCCUCACAUUGUUGGCUGAGGUCUUGGCUCAUCUAUUAGAUAUGGUCUUCUAUAGUGAUGAGAAGGAGAGAGUGAUUCCUCUGCUGGUCAACCUCAUGCAUUAUAUUGUGCCCUAUCUGCGCAACCAUAGUGCUCACAAUGCCCUCAGUUAUCGUGCAUUUAUCCAGCUGUUGAGCAGCCUCAGUGGUUAUCAGUACACCCAGAGAGCUUGGGAAAAAGAAGCCUUCGACCUGUUUAUGGAUCAUAUGUUUUUCCAGAUGGACUCCUCUUGUGUCGGCCACUGGAAGGCAAUCAUAGACCACCUGAUGACUCAUGACAAAACCACUUUCAGAGACCUGAUGACCCGAGUUGCUGUGGCUCAGAGCAGCUCUUUGAGUCUUUUCACCAAUCGAGAUGCAGAGCUUGAGCAGAGAGCCAUGCUACUCAAACGACUGGCCUUCACCAUCUACAGCAGUGAGGUGGACCAGUACCAGAAAUACUUGCCAGAUAUCCAAGAGCGUCUUGUGGAGAGCUUACCUCAAGUGCCCAUCCUCCAUGCUCAGGUCUUCCUCUUCUUCAGAGUGCUGCUACUGCGCAUGUCCCCUCAGCACCCGACCUCACUCUGGCCCACUGUGAUCACUGAGCUGGUUCAGGUUUUCUUACUCAUGGAACAGGAACUCACUGCAGAUGAGGACAUCACCAGGAUCUCAGGUCCCUCUGUUGUAGGGCUUGAGACAACAUACUCAGGGGGCAACGGCUUCUCUACCUCCUACAACAGCCAGGGCUGGCUUAACCUCUACCUGUCUGCCUGCAAGCUGCUGGACCUGGCCCUCGCUCUGCCCUCUGAGAGUCUGCCUCAGAUCCAGAUGUAUCGCUGGGCUUUCAUUCCGGAAGCCUCGGAUGACUCUGGUCUGGAGGUCCGCAGGCAGGGGACCCAUCAGAGAGAGUUAAGACUGGCCAAGCUGCUUAGAAAAAGGGCCAAGAAAAAUCCAGAGGAAGACUGCUCCACACGCACUCUGUCCUGGGAGCCUGGACAGCUCCUGCUCACCCUUUACGUGAUCCGCAGCAUGGAGCAGCUCGUCCCUUUCUUCAACCUUCUCAGUCAGGUUAAAAAUGGAAGAGAACAAACCAACAACAGAAAAGAUUUUUGUACAUUUUUUGCUUUUCUAAUUAAUGUAUUUUUUUUCCACCAAAAGCUAAGCUAUUUAAAGUCUUGUUUAAAGUCUUUUACUUGUAAAUAUGGCCCUUUGUGAUUAUUUCUUUAAUUUCUUUGAGACCAUAGGAUAGUAUGAUGAUACUGCGUCAUUCCAUAUUGUGGUGACUUGCCUGAUAAAGAGACAUAUCAUGUGAAUUUACUCCGUCAUGCACAGAAUGGCUUGUAGCAGACCUCAUGUCCAUAACUAAUCAAACUUGCACUAAUGUUUAUUCUUUUGGAUCAGUUUUCAAUGGUGUCAACAAAAACCUUUUGUGUAUGAAUUUAUUUUUUAUAAAUAUACGUGGACAGCUAAAAGUCAUAUUGAUUUGAAAAUGAUCAAAGCCGUAAUGAAGAUCUAUAUUGUUGCUUAGAGUAAAUGUGAGAGACGAAAUAAAACCGAAGUGUUUCA